UAAAAGCUUUUGAGCCCGGAAGGGUUUUCCCUGCCGCGAAAAAAAACCUAACAGGAGCUUCUUCCGGCUCACGCUGAGCUCUUCUGGGCAGUGAAGGUGAGGCGGACGUUUCACUCCUCUACGACGGGCAUGGUGUUAACUAUUCGAAAAGAUAUUUCAUCGUAUUAGCCCCUGUCCCGCGGUGCCCUCUGCUCAUCGUAUUCCCUCUUUCUCUGCAUUCGAGUGCUUCAAGCCCGCCGGGGACUGUGCUAGCAGGAUAUAUCUUUGCCUCAGCACGUUUAACAAACUUGCCUAAGCGAUGAGAGCGAUGGCAGAUGUUGGAAGCUCCAAUCCAAACCCUAGAAAUGCGCAGAAGAAGACGAAGAAGAAGAAGAAUACAGAGAAAAGGAAGAACACAAACAGCGAGGACCAAGGCGACAACAGUCUUCUACAAAAGGAGGUCUCAUCGUUUGCUUCCUCAAUCGGUCUUGCCCCAUCCCUUUCUUCCUCUCUUCCUGACUCUGGGUUUGACGACUCAGACUUCAGAAAGAUCGGCCCUCUCAAGCCCGUCAAGAGUUCUAAAUCUGAGAACCAAGCUGUCUCCCCAUCGGAAGCCCCAAAAAAGUCUAAGGCAGGGAAGAGAGGUGAGAAACGCAAGGAUGGUAUCUCUAAGAAUCAACCAUCAAGGUACCAAGAAAACCCUGACAAUUCAUUCAAAAGUAAAAAUUUGCAGAAGAAAGUGCGGAAAUAUAUCAAUGGAGAGGAUCAGGUUUUUGGCUCUGAAAAUGGAGAAGGAAGAAACGUUAAACACAAGAAAUUGGGUUCUGAUAGUCAGUCCAAGAAUAAGAGUAGCUCCAACUUUAAGACUAUGCCUGGGACUAAAAGUAGUGAAGUGCACCGAGAUGCAUCGACGAAGACUGUGAAGGAGAAGUUACCAUUAAUGGGAGCUAGCUUGCUGUCUCAGUAUUGGUAUGACGACUUGGCAAAGUUAGAGCCUCAAGUUCUAGGCUCUGUUAGCGGGAAAAAAGUGUCUGAGAUGGGUGGAGACCAGUGGAGUGCACUGGUUCAGAAGAAAACAGAAGUUGCAAAACAGUUAAUGGAGCAAUAUAGCCAGGAUUACGAACUCACAAGGGCAAAGAGCAGUGAUAUGAGGAUGGCAGCUGCAGCCCAAAGGUCAGGUACGGCAGCGGACAAGGUAGCUGCAUUCACGGUUUUGAUCCAGGAUAAUCCCAUUGCCAACUUACGGUCACUUGAUGCACUGCUAGCCAUGGUGAUGUCCAAGGUAGGAAAACGUCAUGCAUUGACUGGCUUUGAUGCACUGAGAGAGUUAUUUUUGGUGAGUCUUUUACCAGAUCGUAAAUUGAAGUAUCUCUUCCAGCAUCCACUUAAUUGCAUAUCAGAGUCAAAGGAUGGAUUCUUUCUUUUGCUUCUUUGGUACUGGGAGGACUGCCUGAAAAAUAGAUAUGAGCGUUUUAUUGCUGCACUUGAGGAAGCUUCUAAAGAUACACUUUAUGUUCUGAAGAAAAAAUCACUGAAGACAUUGUAUAAACUUUUAGAAAGUAAACCAGAGCAAGAAAGGCGGUUGCUUUCUGCUGUUGUCAACAAGUUAGGUGACCCAGAAGCAAGAGUUGCAUCAGAUGCUAGUUUUUUCUUGACAUGCCUCUUGUCUACUCAUCCGAAUAUGAAGUUGGUUGUUAUUGAGGAGGUCGACUUCUUUCUCUUCCGUCCACAUGUUGGCUUGAGGGCAAAAUGUCAUGCUAUAAAUUUUCUGAACCAGAUUGUCCUGCAUAGCAAAGGAGAUGGUCCUAAAGUAGCAAAGCGGUUGGUGGACAUUUAUUUUGCGCUUUUUAAGGUAUUGACUUCUGAAGUGGGUGGUGGUGAAAAAGCUGUAAGAGGAAAGAAAACAGUGCAGAAGCAAGUUGCAAAAGCUGCUCACAAAAAGGAAAAUGAGGGUUCAUCUUUGUUGCCUGCUGUUGAAAUUGAUUGUCGUCUUUUAUCUGCACUUCUGAUUGGUGUCAACAGGGCAUUUCCUUUCGUCUCAUCUGAGGAGGCUGAUGCUGUUAUUGAACAUCAAACCCCUGUGCUUUUCAAAUUGGCUCAUUCAAAGAAUUUCAAUAUCGGAGUGCAAGCAUUGAUGCUUCUCUUUCAGAUAUUGUCCAAAAACCAGGCAGUCAGCGACCGUUUUUAUCGUGCCCUGUAUUCCAAUCUUCUGGUUCCCACUAUCAUGAAGUCAACAAGUUCUGAAAGGUUUCUUGCACUUCUGUUGCAAGCAAUGAAAAGUGAUGUGAAUGUAAAGAGAGUAGCUGCCUUUUCUAAAAGAUUGCUGCAGGUUGCCCUACAUCAACCACCACAGUACGCAUGUGGAUGCCUGGUUCUGUUGUCUGAAGUUCUCAAAGCAAGACCUCUUCUGUGGAACAUGUUGCUGCAGAAUGAGUCUGGUGAUGAUGGUCUCGAACAUUUUGAUGAUGUCAUAGAGGAUCCUGAAGAUAUGGCUGGCGUUUCUCCCAUUACAAGGGUUACCACCUCAACAGAUGUUGUGUCUAAUGGGCAUAAUGCUGUUGAUAUUAGUAGGGUUUCUGACUCAGAGGAGAGUGAAAUUCCAGAUUCUAACUUGUCAGAUGAUGAAACAAGUGGCUCAGAGGGGGAAGAAGGUUUUUUUAGAAGUGAAGCAAGAGCUGUAAAAUCAUUACCUAGCAUGGGAGAACAUGAUACAAAACCUGCACAUGAGAAAGGACAUGGUCAGGUUUCCAAUCUGAAAUCAGUGAUGCCUGGUGGAUAUGAUGUUAAGCAUCGGGAGCCUUCUUUCUGUCGUGCAGAUUGUACAAGUUGGUGGGAGUUGACAGCUCUGGCAUUGCAUGUACAUCCGUCAGUAGCUACAAUGGCCCGUACCCUACUAUCAGGCGCAGUUGUUGUGUACAAUGGUGAACCAAUAAGAGAUUUGUCUCUUUCUGCCUUUCUGGACAAGUUUAUUGAAAAGAAACCAAAAUCUAGUUGGAGGUCAGGAGGCACAUGGCAUGGUGGUUCUGAAAUUGCACCUGCAAGAAAGCUUGAUCUAAACAAACAUUUCGUUGGGUCAGAGAUAUUGUCACUGGCUGAGGAAGAAGUUGCUCCUGAGGAUAUAGUAUUUCACAGGUUCUAUGUGAACAAAAAGAGCUCAUCCAAGAGGAGAAAGAAGAAGAAGCAGACUGAAGACGAGGCAGCUGAAGAAUUGAUUGGUCUUGAUAAGGACCAAGAUGAUUUUGAUGAAGCUGAUCAGAGUGACAAUGAGGAGAUUGAUGAAUUAUUGGCAACUUCAGCAGGCAUGGUGGUAGAAAGUGAUGGCGAGUAUGACUAUGACAAACUUGAUGAAAUCAUUGAUGAUGAUGAUGAAUUGCUUGCAGAUGGCAGUGAUGAUGAAGCAGAUAUUUCAGCUGGUUUGUCUGAAGAUAGUGAUGAAGAUAAUUUAUAUGAUGCUGAUGCCAAUUUAGAAGGUGGUUCUGUUCAUAUUAAUGAAGGCACUGAGAACAGGAAGAAGCGAAAGACCUCUACAGCUAGAAGUGCUGCUUUCUCUGGUGGUGAUGAUGCUGCUGCUGAUGAACUUGAUUUAGAUGCUGUAAAUGUUGGCAAAACAUCUGGCAAAAGGAAGCAUCCAAGAACUGGCGGAAAAAAAUCUGGAGCUUCACCCUUUGCUAGCCUGGAAGAAUAUGAUCAUUUGUUGAAUGAUGAUGAAGGGGAAGUAAGGAAAUUGAAACCUCACAAGAGAAAACGGUCUUCAUAACUGGUGUGUGCGCUCCAAGCAUGUAUAAUUCCUGAGAGGUGCUCAUUUUGAGUCAAAUUCAUGUCUCCAAAUUUUGUUUAUGGUUUUUCAUGUUCUGCUCAGCAAAGGUGCUGGCUAAAAACUCAAGUUAUAGGCUUGGCAGCAAGCGGUGCAUAAGAAGGGCUUGGGUACCGGAUACUGAAAAAAUGCAUACUGCCAGAUAGAGCAGGAACACCUCGGAUUUACAAUUGAAAUGGAUUAGGAUAUAGACAGAAGCUGCCAGUACUAAAAGCUGUUGUGAUGGCUUGAUUUGUUAAGCUUUUUCUGAAUGGGCGAAAGUUAACUUAGGAUUAGGGUUCUUCUUAAGGUGAUUCAUCCUGUUUUCCUUUAUCAGUUCUUUCUCCUAGUGUGCAGCAGUCUGACAAUUGUGCCCUGGAAGCUCUGUCCCAUACAUUUUGUAGGGGUUUGGUCUCUGGCCGUGAUUAUAAUGUAAAAGUUCACUAGUUUCUUUGUUUA